AUGCGCGAAAGCCUCCGCCGUCUCGCUCACUCAUCAGACGAUGGUAUGGAGCGUCACGGGCGCAGGACUGGAACGCGACGAGUUCGGGUCGAGUUACUGGAUUCGGAACAUAUCACAGUCGAUAUCGAUCGUAAAGCCCGUGGUGGAGAUCUCCUUGAUAAAAUAUGUGAGACCUUGGACUUAUUGGAGAAGGACUACUUUGGAAUGCUGUACGUGCAGCGAGGGGAUCCAAGAGUUUGGGUUGACUUGAAUCGAAGGCUGUCCAAGACCUUUAAAAAUGAACCCUGGGAUGUCCGUUUUGCAGUCAAGUUCUACCCCCCAGAGCCAUCAGAGUUGAAGGAUGACACCACGCGGUAUCAAAUAGCUCUGGCAGUGCGAAGAGAUCUAAUUGAAUGCUCAUGUUUAGUUGUCGGUUCACGCUGUUUGUCUGGUGGCAGAGGCCAGUCGCCGGCGGAGGCGGAGCUGCAGCUGCUGCAGAGCGCGGCGCGCCUCCCGCUGUACGGCGCGGAGCAGCACGCCGCCGUCGACAGCACUGGAGUGGCGCUGGCGCUGGCCGUGUCACACACCGGCGUAGCCGUCUAUAGAGAUGGAACUUUAAUGAAUCGUUUCCCGUGGGCAAAAAUUACAAAGAUCUGCUACAACAAACGCAUAUUCACAUUGCGGCUGCGCGCGAGCGAGUUCGACGAGUGUGAGACGUCACUCAGCUUCGGAACCACCGCCACCACGGCCUGUAAGAAACUGUGGAAAUGCUGCGUCGAACAUCAUAUGUUCUUCAGACGCGAAGCUCCAGUGGUAGUUAGCCGGAUUCCAGGGCUGGCUCGGUUGGGCUCGAGACGUAUCUCGUGCCGAAGGACCUUACGCCAGCUGCGGCAAGAACCUUCGCCUCCGACUGCCGCCAUGGCUUGA